AUGCCCAAGUUGAUACUUGUGAGGGUUUUCGCUUAUUUGCCAUGGCGGGAUCGUGCUCACGCUGCACUUGUCUGCAAACGUUGGCUCAACGCAUUUUGUUCUCCUGAAGUUUGGCGCUCAUUUACAUAUCAUCCACCAGCUCAAGGGCUACCAAGACUCCAGUAUGAUCUGAAAACCUACUACCUCAGCAAAGGGAUUCGCAAUAUCGGUUGGCACAUCCAAUAUCUUCGUUUCCCCGAGACUGGUGACUAUUUCAUGCUUAAUCGCGCACUCUCCUUGAUCGCGGAGUUCUUCGAGGCGCACCCCAAUCCACACAAAUUCUCUGCCAACUCGGUUGUCUCGACGGAGAUUCUCUUCCCUGCGUUAGCUGCUCUGGAGGCCGCUUUGUCUCCCUCUUCCUCUUCAUCUUCCUCUCUCUCCCCCUCCGAACACCGGAAGUCCUCUUUUGCUUCCUCUGCGGCGACUACAGACGAUUCAAAUGAGAUGGAGAGGUCAGAUCAGCAAGAAAUGACGGAGGAGAUACCCUUAAGCAUUCUCGCUGAAGCCGUUGCCGGUGAUCCGGAUCUGGAAAAAUCUAUAAAACUUGCUAUGAAGCUUCAACAAAGAGAAUAUGAACGUCGUUCGUCCUCAUCGAACUCAAGCAGUUCCUUGGAGAGCGGAAUUGGGAUCAGUUCUCACUCGCGUACUGGCGCAUCCUCGCAGCUCUCAAGCUCAGCACCGAUCCGCUUCCAGUUUCGGAGCGCCUCCACUACUGCGCCGCCAUCAACAUCAGCAGUGACAGGUGCACGCGGCCGUCGAUACCAGCGCAGCGUGAGUUGCAAGUUUCCCUGCCCUUCAAAUCGACUACCCUAUCCUCCGGACACCUCUAAUUUUCCUCCGCCUUGUGUACGAGCAUUCUCUCUUGACUUCCACGCCGAAUUCGACGAGGCCUCGGGUGUCGUUUAUGGAAGCGGUGGCGCACUUUUCGCUACUAUCGUUCGUGUUCUCUCACAACUCAAGUGUCUCCGUGCUCUCUAUCUUCGCAACCUCUUUCUCUCACAAUCUGAUGCUCGCCAACUUUUAAUCGAGGUCUCGACUGUACGUCAUUUCCCAUUUUCUAUCUCAUCUAAUAGCACUGCAAUGAAGUACCUGUAA